ACGCAGCUUUCUAGUAUUAUUUUUGAAAUACUUUGGAAGGCUUGAUACUUGAUGGGCUUCUUCGACACAAUAAAUGGCAAUCGGUCCAUGUCUUCGAAUCAGAACACGUUACGUAAAUCGCGUAACAAGUAAUCAUUCCACCGUGGAAGUUAUUCUGGAUUGGCGUGCACCGCAUAUGCCGCGAAAGGCUACCGUUAUUUUAGUUUUUUAAUGAUUCUCCUAUAUAAAGGCCGCACAUAACCAUUUUGUUUUCCGGAUGCGCCCGAUCUUCCUCCCUCUCGCCUUUCCUGCAUUCUCCUCAACCACUGGCAAGCUGAUCUUCAUGUAUUCAACAAGUACUUCUACAUCCAUCGUUUCCUUCAAAGAGGGAAACAAAAACAAUUUCUUUUUUCUCGAUUUUGGUCUGCUUGCUACAAAGUGUUCGAGGAGCCCCUGAAGUAUACGUCCAACUUCCAAUCUUUCAAGGGCAUUUCUAGUUUUUCUAUCUUUUCCACCUGUGGUCUUCAAUCUUCUGGAAAGGCAUAUCUAUAGUACUGUAGGUUUUAUCAGCCAUUUAUUCAAUUGUCCGAAUCUUGUUAAAGAAUCAUGGUUUCCUCGCAAUUAUCUGCCUUUAAUGGGAGUCUUUUGCAGAAGCCUUUCCCGAAGCAAUUGCUUCUUCCUAGUGGAUCACCUGAUGUUUUGCCUUAUGGUUAUGAUGAGGUCAAUUUUUCUGAUGUGUUUGGUCCAGUUCCUAUUCAACCGCCAAAAGAAUUCAAUUGUGAGAAAUCAAGAAAUUUGGUGGCUGCACCAAAUCCUGAUGAAAAUACAUACAACAAUCCUACUGUCAUUCACAGCCGAUCCCAUUCUUUUGUGGGGCCCACAUCAUAUGUUAGUCAUUCCUCUAGCCUUACCAAAGUCAGCUUACUUGAGAAGCAGGGUGCACUGGAACUGGCGGGGUUUUGUAGAGAAACGCAUGAAGAAUUUAAGGAGAAGUCCGAUAAACAAUUUAAUAACAUCAAUGUGAAACAUCAAAGUGUUGGACUUGAAGAUUUUGAAGUCCUAAAAGUUGUUGGGCAAGGUGCAUUUGGGAAGGUGUACCAGGUGAGGAGGGCAGGGACAUCUGAUAUUUAUGCAAUGAAGGUAAUGCGGAAGGACAAGAUCAUGCAGAGAAAUCACUCUGAAUAUGUGAUAUCUGAAAGGGAUAUAUUAACGAAAGUUUAUCACCCUUUUAUUGUGCGACUUAGACACUCAUUCCAGACAAAGUAUAGGUUGUACAUUGUGCUUGAUUUCGUGAAUGGCGGUCACCUUUUCUUUCAGCUUUGUCGCCAAGGCUUAUUCAGGGAGGACUUGGCCCGCUUUUAUGCUGCAGAGAUUGUUUCAGCUGUCUCUCAUCUUCAUGCAAAUGGCAUAACGCACAGGGAUCUUAAACCUGAAAAUAUCCUUCUGGACGCACGUGGCCAUGUAGUUUUGACGGAUUUUGGCCUAGCUAGGCAAUUCUGUGACGGUGAGAAUGCGAGGUCAAAUUCUAUGUGUGGAACUUUAGAAUACAUGGCCCCUGAAAUUCUUCUGGGGAAAGGACAUGAUAAGGCAGCUGAUUGGUGGAGCGUUGGAAUUCUAAUUUUUGAAAUGCUAACUGGGAAGCCUCCCUUUACCAGUGGAAAUAGACAGAAGAUCCAGCAAAAGAUAAUAAAGGACAAGGUCAAGCUUCCGGCAUUUUUGUCUAGUGAGGCCCAUUCACUGUUAAAAGGGUUGUUGCAGAAAGAAGCCAGCAAACGCCUUGGCAAUGAACCACGUGGUAGCGACGUGAUUAAGAGUCACAAGUGGUUUAAGUUAAUUAAUUGGAAGAGACUAGAAGCUCGUGAAAUUAGGCCCAGCUUUGUCCCAGAAGUUUCCGGGAAUCACUGUGUUGCUAACUUUGAGGAUCGGUGGACUAAUAUGCCUUUGCUGGAUUCUCCUGUUGUCACUCCCAAAUUCAAUGAUAACCCCUUCAGUGGGUUUGAUUGGGUGAUCUAGCUCAUUUUAUGAACAAAAAUGUCUCAGUUAUUGUGAAUGUCCAACAGAUUUUGAGAUAUUUGAUGUUUACAACCUACUUGCCCUGUGGUGGGUAUUGAUUCUUUCUGUAUGAUGAGCUAGUAUUUUGGAU